AUGACGAGCUCAGAAUCAGAACAGGCGCAGACAUCACGGAAGCGCUCACGCAGGAGGGACAGCGGCGAUGACGGUGGUGCUGGAGGAAAGAAGGCUAGGGGCCGUCCACGGGUAGACACACAGGACGCCACGGCUGCAGAUGUGUACCAGAGACGAAGAACUCAAAUCCGGCUUGCGCAGCGUGCAUAUCGGCAGCGGAAGGAAACCACCAUCGCGUCGUUGAAGAGUCAAAGCACACAGCUCCACUCGAUUAUCGAGCAGAUGAACAAGGCCUUUCUAAAGCUAAACGAGUCCACCGUCAAGUCAGGUCUGUUACAGCUGAAUCCGAGUUUGGCCCAGGAGUUCAAGCUGGUAACGGAGACGUUCGCGAGCUUGACAAAGACAGCCAACGAGGGCCAGUACGAGGGAGACGAAGAUGGUGAACACGGCGAACACGGGAUUGAAGGGAAUGGUGCACCAAAGCUAGCCGAACCGGAGCCUGAAGUGCAGCACAUUGGAUGGGGAUACUCCGCAGUUCCGAAACCAGCCGCUGAGAAGCGUCCGCAGCCACAAUUCGACACCGCCAUCGAACAGACUGCCCACGCCGCCUCUAUCGAAAAUAUCGUCGAAGACGCUCCCUCCGGUCACAACGUACAGUUUCCAAGAAACAACAUUUGCGAGACGAUUGUCGAGGGCGGCGCUUGA